UGCAGCUUUGAACAACUCUAAUUGAACCAUUGGACGUUUUCAGCCUGGUUUAUCUACUCUUCAGCAGCCAUGUACAACAGUGGCUUCUCACAGGCCAAAAUGGGCUUGACAGCAAAGAACAUGCACAGACCAAAAGACAGGAGCUGUGGUUACUACAUGAGAAUCAUCUUAUUUUUCUCCUCACUGAUCCAGUCUCUCAUCAUCGUCAGUCUGGUGCUGUUCCUUAUUUAUGGAGAGCCGCAGCAGACAGUGGAGGAGAAGAGAAUCCUGGAGUUGGAGCAGAGUUAUAGCAAACUCUCACUGGAAAACGUCGCUCUCCGAGCGAAGGAGAAGAACCUGACCCAGCAACUGAACAUCACUCUUAAUGCAAAGAAGCUCAGUGAGAAAGACAUGACUAACUUACGCAGACUGGCCAACACUUCAGCUACUGCCAUCACUAGCUUGAACAAAAAAGUUUCUCAAUGUGAGAUGGAGAAAAGAACUGCUGUAAGUACUCCACGUCUGCCAUGUGCCCUACCAGGUAAUGACAAAUAUUUGGAACAUCGAUUUCGUCAAGCUGAAGAAUUGAACAGAUUACUCAGAGACAACUUCACAGAGCAAAUGCAUAUUACGAAACAUGAGUUAGAGAACGCUCAGAAAGACAGGAUCAGGUAUCAGUUGGAAGCAAUUGAACUGCGGCGGGACAAAGGCUUUCUGGAGGAGCGCAUCAACAGGUAUGAGAAGAAGUGUAAGGAGGACUUUGUCCACUCCUUAAUAGGGAUCCCUAACGUCACCAGGGAAUUCCUCAGAAGGGUUGAUGAGUUGUUCUCCAAGCACAUCUCUUUCCAGCUAUCAUGCGAUAAACAAAGCAUUCAACUCGAGAACAUCCGUGCAAACUGCAGCAGCCUUUCGACAGAGGUGGAGAACAAGCUGCAGACAUAUCUGGACCAAGUGGGGAGCCAGGUCACAGUUACUAUUGGUGCUAACGCCAAAUGCAUGGUAGAGAACAAACGUUUAAAUGAAGAUGCUACUUGGUGCAUGCAAAAUCGCACUGGCAUCAUGGAGGAGAAUAAGAAGGUUCUCAAGCAAACCCAACAAAAUCAUGACAAAGAGGUAGAGCAGUUCCUGCUGGAAGUCACCAAACUAAAAGGACAAAACAAACUUCUGGAGAAUCAAAAAUCUCUGAAAGAAAUUGAAAUUAAAAUGCUUUCUGACAAAGUCAAGGACCUCAAUACUUCAUUGACCAAUUGUGGGAAGUUUCCUGGUGGAGUAUCCAGCUCAUUCCCUGCACAAUUUGCACAAAAUAGAUUUGGUGGCAGUAGUCCUGGGUCAAAUGGAAUGGGGCUUUUCAGCUCCACAUUUGGUACAGGUGGUGGUUCAUCUACUGCCUAUGGAACAUCCACAUAUGCCAAACCACCUGCAAGUUCAGGGGGAUGGCCUGGAAUGGGAUUAGGUACAGGGCAAGGCAUGUCAAGACCAGAUGCUACAGGAUCUAACCCAGCUGGAGCAUCCCCAUUUGGAGCAGGAAAAUUCACACCUGACAUAUCAUUAGCACAAGUUUCUCAGCACUUGCGAGAGCUUCAACAGUAUGCAACAGGAUGAGACCAGAGACCAGGCCAAAGACCAAACAUGGAAUAUGUGUAUAAUAAUGGUUGUAAAUAAUGACUUUAAACUAGCAUAUUUUAAUGCAUUACUUACAGACAUAUAUCAACAUUGUUGAAACAUGGCCCUUAACUUGGACUUGGGUGACGGAUGAAUUUAGCACUUUAAAGGAAGAAAAAUCAAACUUACACAAUAUGUCACUCACCCCAGAUGUAGUUGAUCAACCCACAUCUGCUUGGAGUCCAAGUUUUGCUUCAUUAAAGUGCUGGAGCUAUGUGGCUAAUGUGGCUAACAAACAUUAGAAGUAAAUGUUCACCUUAAACCUUUCUGUAAACACCUCCGUAACAUCUCUCAACCUGCUUAAACUGCACCCAUAUCUUAAACCACAGACUUGUCGAUGUGGUUCAUCAUGAUGUGGUUCAUCACAAAGUCGUGCCGCACUUUUGCGCCCCUUCACAUUCACACACAUCAUGCAUUACAUGGACACUAGAUUACAUUCACAUUUUUUGGUUUUCUAUUUUUAAGCAUGUAUUUUUGGUUCACAAAUUCCAGAUAAACAGUUGUUCAUAAAAAGAAACAAAAAUUAUGACUAACAUGCGGCUACAGGCAGUCCGAUUUCAGCACAACACCCUGAAAUGACUGAAAGGUGCUGCAUUCAGCUUCAUGGUGUUUUAUUUUUAUUUUUCCUUUUUAUAGAUCACAGUAAGUCAUACUGUGUUCUUAACCAUAUGGACAAGUCUGAGAAACUUUAUGAAGACUUUGACAUGGCUUGAGGGCGUUGAGAGAAGUUUUGGGAGGCAUUUCAAGGGAAAUUGCCUUCCAGUGUUUGUUAGCAACAUUAGCCUCAUAGCUCCAACGUUAAACUAAAAAAGCAAAAUUUGGACACCAAACACAUCUGGGCUGAUCAACUACAUCUGGGCUAAGAGAAUAACAGCGUGAAUCUGAAUGUUUGCUGAACCAUUCAUUCAAGGCAAUAUAAACCACUCUAUAUAAGUCAAGUCACUUACACCACUUGACACAAAUACCCUGACAUUAUGCAUGUGUAUUAGACAAGGCACAUUUAUGUUUUUGCAUGCAUGUAAUUGUUUAAUUAUAAUACUGUUGGUAAUAUGAAUGAUAAUAAAGACCCCAAAUGAAAUCUUUCGCAGUGAAA